AUGGAUGGGCUGCAAAAUUGGGCCAGGACGAAGUUGAAACGCCGACAGUUCAGGACUAUUUAUGAAGUCAUUAUGCAGGCCGAAGCUUUGAAAGACUUCAGGUACGAGAAGCCCGACAAAACUACAGGAGAGGAUAUGAGAGGUAGUCAGGACCAUGAUGGGGGAGAUGGUGGCAAAGGCGAGGAGCAGCGGCCACAUCCUAAGAAGCAUGAUACCAACAAGUCUGAUAACAAGAAGUCUGGACGUCAUGGAGACAUGGAGAGAACGAUAGAGGUUGCCAAAAGAGGUGGUUGCUACAUAUGCGGUGUUCAAAGCCAACUAACAAAGGAAAUACCUUAUAAUGCGGUUGUCUCUACAGAUGGAAUCGGAAAUUUCAACACAACUUCUGGAGCAAUAUUGGCAACACCUGAUCACAAUGUCAAGCCAUUAUUCAUAAAUCUCAAGAAUGGCACGUAUCAGAAAUAUAUUAGAGUUGAUGAAACGAAGACUACUAUAAUCCUGAUCAGAGAAGGGAUGAAUACUAUGAUAAUAACGGAUAAUAGAAGUUUUGUUGAUGGCAACCGAACCUAUGAUACCGCAAUCGUUGGGGUCGCUGGCAAUGGCUUCAUAGCUCAAAACAUAACUUUUAGGAAUAAUGUCAGACCCAUAAAACAUCAGGCAGUGACAUUACGAGUUGAUGCAGAUUUGGUGUCCUUUUAUGAAUGUCAUUUCGACGGGUAUCAAGACACCUUGUAUGUGAAAAGACAAAUCCAGUCCUACUGCGAUUGUGAAAUCUAUCGCACCAUAGAUUUUAUAUGUGGUGACGCAACCGCCGUGUUCCAAAACUACUUGAUUGAAGCUUGCACUCCAAUGGCGAGGCAAUAUAACACAAUCAUAGAGAAACACCAAGAACUUGAGUUGUUUGCAUCUGGAAUACUGUUUCAAAAUUGUACUAUAAAGGCCACCCACGAUUUGGAGAAAUCGGUCAACGUCACGACAUAUUUAGGUCGUCCAUGGGGUUUGUUUUCUAGGACUGUGAUAAUGGAAAGUUAUAUUGAUAGAUUAAUAGAUCCUAGAGGAUGGGUUGAGUGA